UGGAGCUCAAACAGGAAGCAGUGUAGUUGCGUCGUUAUUUUCACUGUACACCCGCUACCUAGCUAACUAAACGCAUAUUUCUUUUUAAGACGUUUCGUUUUCGUUUAGGCAAAAUGAAACACAACUCUAAUGUGCCCGCAUUCCUUACAAAGCUUUGGACUCUGGUGGAAGAUUCUGAUUCUAAUGAAUUCAUUUGCUGGAGUCAGGAGGGAAACAGUUUUCUUGUGUUGAAUGAGCAGCGAUUUGCAAAAGAGAUCCUCCCAAAGUUUUUUAAGCACAAUAACAUGGCUAGCUUUGUCCGGCAGCUGAACAUGUAUGGCUUUCGCAAGGUGAUGCACAUCGACACUGGCAUAGUGAAGCAAGAACGAGAUGGGCCGGUUGAAUUUCAGCAUCCCUACUUCAAGCAUGGCCAAGAUGAUUUGCUGGAGCACAUAAAGAGAAAAGUAUCCAAUGCCAGACCAGAGGAUAACAAACUGAGGCAGGAGGACCUGUCCAGAAUUUUGUCUAGUGUACAAACUGUUCAUGACAAACAAGAAAAUAUGGAUGCCCGGCUUGCCACAUUGAAACGUGAAAAUGAGGCUCUGUGGAGAGAGAUGUCAGACUUGAGGCAGAAACAUGCCCAGCAACAACAAGCUAUAAAAGAGCUUGUACAGUUCAUUUUCACACUUGUUCAGAACAACCGCAUGCUAAACUUGAAGCGUAAAAGGCCACUGCUAUUGAGCAGCAAUGGGAAAAAGUCAAAAUUCAUCUCCCAGAUCUAUGAGGACGCAGUGGACCACAGCAAAUCUGCAGUCAGUGGGCACAAUGGACUGAAGAACAGCUCUGACAUUUCUGAUGAUGUCAUCAUCUGUGACAUUACUCAUGAGGACGCAGAAGUAACAGUGGACACAUCAAGAACAGCAGAUGACGGGGAUGUUGAAAUUGUUGAAGUAAACUAUCAAGACAGUUCAUCAGCAGAAAAGACAAGUCCCAAGGGAACGAUGUCAACAGACAUUACUAUUGAAGAUGAAGAAGAAGAAGAAGAAGACGACGAAGAUGAAAUGCCCAAAAGCACUAUAAACACUCUAGCAGAUACCAGCAUGCUACAGUUAAAUAAUUCCUCAUGCCUGAGUCAGGAGGAUCCUGUGAAGAUGAUGGAUUCCAUCCUCAGUGAGAGUGGUGCCAUUUCACAGAAUAUUAACCUUUUGGGCAAAGUUGAGCUGAUGGACUAUUUGGACAGUAUUGACUGCAGUUUGGAAGACUUCCAGGCCAUGCUGUAUGGAAAACAGUUUAGCAUUGACCCCAACGUUCUGGAGGAAACAGGUUCAAUCCCAAAAGACGAACUUUCCAUAAAAAACAGGAUUGAGACUGGCGAUGCAGAUAAACAGCUGAUUCAGUACACUAGCUGCCCCCUGCUGGCCUUCCUGGAUGGCUGCAGCCCCCUCCCCUCAGAGCCGGAUCUCCAGCCUGGAGAACCAAGUCAGUCUGCCCUGAAGCAGGAUGCCGAAGAGGCUGUGGACCUGCUGGACUCAGCACUGGGGACAGACGACGCCCCGCGCAGCACAAUGAUCCGCCUGGAGCCGCUCACAGAAGAGGAGGCCAGCGAGGCAACGCUCUUCUAUCUCUGUGAACUGAACUCAGACCUGCCUCCCUCUGAUCCUCCUCAGCUGGGGGUCUGAAGGGUAAUCAUGCAUUGGGGAGAGGUGGAGACUGGACCUUUUUUGUACAUAUUCAUCAAAAUGAUCUAUUUAUUGGAUGGGUUUUUUGUGUUUUUGAAUAAUCUUUUAACCCAUCCCCUUUUUGGCCAUGUGGAGGUAUGAGAUUCCAUAUAUGCUUCCUCUGUUGCUUAUUCACUAUCCCAUUUCAAGAUGUAUACAAGGGAACAUGGCUACAGUUAGGACACUGGUUUACACUUAACCACUUUGCUACAAGUAGUUAUUUUUUGUUUCUCCUUUUGUUUUGUUUUCUGUGAUGAGAUAAGUGUGGGUUAGUCUUGUACAAAGAUAUAGAAGUGCCUGCAUUCAGAUCUCUGCAUACCAGUAGUUUCUUUAGUUCCAGUGUUCUGAAAGUAGUGGUUUGCAUCCUCUUAAGCUUUGUCAGUAUCCAAAGCUUGUUACAUUAUUAUAAUUACAUUAAAGAAUUUAAGAAUCACCCUA